AGAGCCGGCCAGUGUGCGACGCAUUGCCGACCAUGGCGGCCGCCUCAGCCACGUCCACGCCGGCCGGCGCGGCCGCGCACCAGCCGCCCUUCACCGAGGAGCAGCUCAUCGCGCAGGUGUACCAGCACAACAUCCUCUACGACAAGACGUCGUUCCACUACAAGGACCCGCGGAUGCGCAUGGAGGCGUGGGAGGAGAUCGGGCGCGCUCUCAAAGUGCCAGGUUCGGAGUGCCUCAAAGCGUGGCGCAAACUACGAAACUGCUACAUGAACGCCAUCAAGCGGCGGAGGUUCAGCAGCAAGGCCACGCACGCCAACAAGAAGUACACCAAGUGGAAGUUCGAGGACGAGAUGUCCUUCCUGCUGCCCUACAUGCUCAGUGGCAGGGCGAUGUCUCACGAGCACAGCAACGAGGAAGAGGAGGAGGACAACGAGGACGGCGACCCGGGCGGCGAGCUGGUGGAGGCGGAGACGGCGCCGACGCUCAAGGCGGAGGAGCCGGCCCCGUCACCCGGCCAGCUGCACGCCCCCGCUUACGGCGCGGGCCGGCGCGCAGAGUUCACCGGCGCCCAGGAGUUCGUCAGCGUCGUCAUGGCCAACGGGCGCGCCGGCAGCCAUUCCUACGACGACGACGACGAGCCGGACCGCGACGAAGACGACGACGAGAGCCCGCGGGCGCGCAGACGCCCCCGCAAGCGGCCCAGGGCGCGCAGCCCCUGCCCCGCGCCCUCUGCCGCCUCUGGCCCGGAGGCCAUGGACGACACCGAGAUGUUCUUCCUGAGCAUGGCCAAGACCGUCAAGAAGCUGCCGCGCGUCGAGCGCGUGCGCAUCCGCAUGGACCUUUGCCGCAUGGUCUCCGAGGCCGAGCUGCGCAACCUCACCAACGGCUACCGCCGCAAGUGACCGUGUACUUCAGUGAUAUAAACUUGUGCUUUCCUCGUUUUAAUCAUUCCUUCCAUCAGCUGUUAGUGUGAAGCCCGAGUAUUUAUGAGGUAUUCACACUGUGAUCUUCCUACAAACGCAUAUUGCAUUUUUUGUAUAAUCCACUCCUUGUAAUUCUCAACAAUUCUGUAAAUUUAACUUGUGUUUUCUUCAUUCUAGACAACAAUAACUUUUUCUUCGGCGAACAGUCCUCUCUCUCUCUCUCUCUCUCUCUCUCACGUGUGUGUGUGUGUGUGUCGUGUUUUUUUUAACAUCACUUGUUUUGUCCAAUUCUAUCUUGGUCCUCUCCUCCUCCAACCUAUAAUGUGGUGCUCACUUCCAAACCCCCCCUAAGCCAACAAGCUUCUCACAGUUAUCUUUCAAAUAAGCGAGUGCAUCAUCUGUGGGUUCAUACACAGCUAUCACUGCUGAUUGACAGCUCCUAAUUUCCAGCUACACUUAAAAAAAAAAAAAAUCCUAACUGCAGUCCGUUGGCAGUUGUGUGUUCACAUUUGACUAGCUCGAACUGGUUCCACAGCAUGCUGUUUCAUCUGUUGAAUUAUAGCGAUGAUGACUAAUGGCAGCCCAUCAUCCAGUCAAUUUCUUUUCACUAUCAUCAUCAUCACAGUUUUACGAUCAUCUAUGGCAGGACCUAAGGAAUUUGAACAAACAGCUAUCAUUUCAUUGAUUUUUUUUUUUAAAUUGCAAUGCUGUUAACCAGAAAAUAUUAAUACAAAAGUAGCAAAUCAUGAAAAAGUAACUAGUUUCAACAGAGCUACUUACAAAUUUCUAGUACUAUUUUUAUUUAUUCUCGUCCUUGUAUAUUAAAUACUCAUUCUCCUCUUCACCCCCUUUCCUGGUUAAAAUACAAGUACUGACAUGCCUGAUUUCCGUCCAUUCCAUCAAGUGUUCAUUAUCAUCGUUUGUAUCAUCUACAGUUUUAACGCUUCCUCGUAUUGUUUCCAUGACUUCCCGUAAUAUCUCAUCGACGGGCUCCACACCUCGUUGCAUUGCUACAGUAGCUGAGGUAAAAAAGAAGGCGAUUAACUGUCUGAGAAAUAUAUAGUGUUGCUAUACUUUUCAGGAGCAGUAUUAGCGAUUUAACUACAUUCCUAUGACGAAAGUUCUAUGGUAAUAUUUUUGUAUGAGGGAAGAGCCUCGCACGCGGCAGAACACUAAACAAACACGAAUUAAAAGAUUUGCCUAUACUUUUUUUUACAUAUCUUGUGAAAAAACUCAUAGUGUAGCCCUUCCCACUGGCCCUUCUGCUAGUCGUGGCUCAAGUGGGAACAGGACUGAUUAAAUGUUACAGGAGGAGAGACGUGUGAUCUGGAAGUCGGACUUGGCGAUUACUGGUCAGCUACUCAUGCUAACCGUUCCACAAACAUUUGCAAAGCCCGCAAGAUAAAGCCGACAAGACAUAUUGAAGUGCCUCACUGAUCAUACAGUGGUAUUUGCACCUGACCACGAUGUCAGAUGUGUGAUGCAAAAAGGACUAAAGGACGAUCUCACAAGGCCCUGAGCCUGAUACUUAUUACACUAUAGCAAUAUAUUUUUCUUUCUAAGAUUGUAUGUAUUAGCUUUUACUGUGGUACAAGGAAUGUGAAAUUUAAAUGUUAAAAAGCUUUUUUAAGAAAUAAAAGAAAUUUUGUGCUUUUUGUUAAA